AUGCUCUCUUUUCUGUGCAAGCCGCUCGGAGGUCGAUGGUUAGAUGUCGACAGAAACCCUGUGCUGCGCAAAAUUCUCAAGACAACGUUUUACGAUCAAUUCUGUGCUGGCGAGAAUCCCACCGAGACCAAGCUGUGCGCACAAAGGCUGAAGGAUCUUGGGUUUGAAGGCAUCAUCCUCACAUAUGGCAAAGAAUCUCUCCAUGAGGAUGACGCAAAGACAGCUGCUGCAAAGCAGGAAGUUGGAUUGGAUCCUGAGAUUGGUAAUUGGAAAGUGGGCAUCAUGGAAACAAUCGAUUCCGUAGGCUCAGGGGACUAUAUUGCGUUCAAACUUACCGGCGCAGGGCGAGCAGUCACUGCGGCUCUAGCGGCACACAAGACUCUCCCCUCUCAGAUGCUUGAAAUUCUGGAUGCACUGUGUAUUGAGUGCAAGAACCGCAACAUCAGCAUGAUUGUCGACGCUGAAUCGCAGGAUUACCAGGUUUCUAUCGAUAAAGUCACGCUCGAACUCAUGCGCAAGUUCAACAAGGAUGGGACUGCUGUUGUCUAUAAUACUUACCAAGCGUACCUGAAGAAGACCCCCAGGAACGUUAUGGACCAUUUGGUUGAGGCCAGUAAAGGAGGCUUCACAUUAGGUCUGAAGGUUGUGAGAGGGGCUUAUAUCCUCUCAGAAAAGAGGUCCAUGAUCCACGAUACCAAGGAGGAUACGGAUCAUUCAUACAACAGCAUCGCCCAAGGCGCUCUCAAGCGUCAACUCGGAGACGUCGGAAGCCCCGGGCCAGGGUCGGUAACGUUCCCAUCAGUUAAGCUCCUUUUGUGCAGCCACAACAAGGAGAGCUUAACCGACGCACUCAGCCUCCAUCAGCACCGUGUCAAGAACGACCUCCCAACUACCCCCGUCGCUUUUGCACAGUUGCACGGCAUGUCUGAUGCUUGA